UGUGUUGCCAGGUUGGAGAGAUAUCCACCUCUGAGCGGAAGGCUUUUGGAACGCGCUUUAGGUUUAUUCCUGGCGUGUAAAGCAGCUUGAGUUGAGGGAUAGAAGAACCCGGAUCUGGAUUCCGGGAGGAAGGAACACAAGUGCAGUCUUGGAAGGGAUUUGAAAACACGGUAGCGUUUAGACUGACGAAAAUUAGAGAAAUGCGUUUCUCUGCAGAAUGAAUCCACCAUUGGAUGGGUGAUAAUUAACAACAAUUGCUCGUCAAAUGUCAGAGGAUAUUUGCUUGUUGACACUGGAAGACACAGCGGUGGAUUCAUGCUCAAAACACGGACGCUGCUUCCUCCUUCCUCCUCCACAGGAUUGACGGCUGGCCUGACAUCAUUGGCUGCUCGUUGGGCAUGAAUCAUCGCCUCCAUCAGGGGGUGGGGAAGGGGUUCAGGGAUGCUGUCACUGUCACUGCUCCCUUAAUAUACCACGCACAACCCCACACGUACACAAACCCACCCAGCCGGAGUGUCUUUUCUUUUUUUCUUUGACAUCACCAAAACAAGCUAAAUUCUCUGGGGCCAGCAUGGAGGAAAUCCUGCGAAAGCUGCAGAAAGACGCGUCCGGCCACAAGCACAAAGCUAUCCGCGAUGCCUGCGUCUACGCCCGCGAAACCCUCGAGUCUCAGAAUGGGUCAGCAAAGAUUUCCCCUUCACAGCUUCGAGAGCGCUGUCUGCUGCCUCUACAGAUGGCUCUGGAGUCUAAAAACACCAAACUGGGACAGGCAGCUCUUACUGGCAUGCAGAAGCUCCUGUGUGAGGACAGAUUUGUGGGUGGAGUCAGCAUGGAGGUGGAGGUCCUGGAGAAGCAGCUGCUCAGUCAGAUGUUGGAAGCCAUUAGAAUAACCCCAUCCCUCCAUGAAGACCUGCAGGUGGAGGUCAUGAAGGUCCUGCUGUGUAUCACAUAUUCACCAAACUUUGACAUUAAUGGAGACUCCAUUCUGAGGAUUGCUGAGGUGUGCAUCGAGACCUAUGUGUCCAGCUGUCACCAGCGCAGCAUCAACACGGCAGUCAGAGCCACGUUGAGCCAAAUACUGGGAGACCUGACACUACAGCUGCGACACAGACAAGAGGGUGCUGAUGGAGACGAGGUGAUUGCACCACCCCUGCACAGAAGAGGUAAAUCAAUACGA